ACAGUUACUGUUUCAAACCCUGACACUACUUAUGUCACCACAGUUACUAAUCCAUACUAUCCACCACCUACUGUCACUACAAUUGUGAACCCUGACACUACUUAUGUUGUCACAGUUACUCCUCCAUAUGUUCCACCAGGUGUUGUUACUACCAUUACAAACCCAUACACUACUUAUGUUACUACUGGACCAUACAACCCACCAGUUGUGGUUACUACAAUUGUAUAUCCUGACACUACUUUAGUAGCUACUGUUACAGGACCAUACGUACCCCCACCAUUAGUUACUACAGUUACUGGUGUUAACACUGUCUAUGUUACUACUGUCUAUGUUACUACGGUUACUUAUCCUACAGUUUACCCACCAGUCCCAACUGGUUCUCAACCAGGAGGAACUUCUCCAGGAAAUGUUACACCAGAUCAAGAAGAAGAACUUCAAGUUCCACCUUCAGGAGGUAAUCCAAAUGAUCCAUCUAAUCCUAACUAUCCAGGUGGAAAUCCUGCCCCAGCAAACCCUAACUAUCCAGGUGGAAACCCUGCCCCAGCAAACCCUAAUGACCCUUCAGCUAACCCAGAGCAAGAAGAAGAACUUGAAGUGCCAUACCCAGGUGGUAAUCCAAGUGUCCCAGGAAAUCCAAAUGAUUCUGGUAAUCCAAAUGUCCCAGGAAAUCCUAAUGAUUCUAGUAAUCCAAAUGCCCCAGGCAAUCCUAAUGAUUCUAGUAAUCCAAAUGCCCCAGGAAAUCCUAAUGAUUCUGGUAAUCCAAAUGCCCCAGGAAAUCCUAACGACCCUUCAUUGGAACAAGGUGGAGACGAAUUUGUUCAAGAUCCUAAUUUGUUCACUUACACAAGUGCUGUUCCUACAACCUUUGUAUCAGAUGGAAGAACUUAUGCAUCAUCUGUACCAGUUGUUUAUACUACUAGUGUUCCACAAGAUGGUGUUCCUGAAGUAAUGGUUUCUCCUGGAAACCCAGCACAAGGUGGUUAUGAUGAUACUCUUGAUGCAAACCCACCAGAUCUUGAAGAAUUACUUGAAGAUUUCGAGGGUAUGGCUACUGGCCUUAGCUAUAAUACCUUUAUGUUAUGUUUAUGUUUGAUUUCUACGACGAUGUUUCUUUAG